GAUUUUUCACAUAGCAACGUGGACUCAGCAGUUGCAAACUUACCCAAUUCAUCAAAAUCCCAGCAAAAAAGAAAAAAAAAGUACUGAAAUUUAUUCAUUUCCAAAAGAGACAAACUCAAAAGCUUCCUGUCCUGAGAAGAAGACAAAGACACGACCAGAACCUAGUCUGUUCAGAGGCAUUCUUAAUUUUGUUCUUUCUGUCCACUUUCAAGUUUCAAGGUCACUAGCUAGUUAAGAUGAUGAACAGAUUAGGUCUUCUUGUUGCUGUUUCAAUUACAGCUUAUGCAAUUAGGCAGCUCACAAUCAGAUCAUGGAGCUCAUUAUUCUCGCCUGCCAACUAAAAUGGAGAAGACACAAAGAAGAACGUAAGGCGACACCGAAGAAUUCUGUGUGCAUGGAUUGGAUGAAGAAGAAGAGGAAGCUAAUUCAAUAAAUGAUGAAACUAGUCAAGUUAAUGGUAGAACCUCUGAUAUUGAAGAUGGAGAUCAUAGGUCAGAUGAGUUUCGAGUACUUCUACCACGAGAGUCCGAAAAUUGGUCGCUUGAUGACAAUAAGAAAGAAGAAAAAGUGCCUGAAAUCCAGAUAGAAAACAAUAAGAUUGAAUUGGAAAGGUUGGUGAAACUAGUGAUGGAAUUGGAGGAGAGGAAAAAGAAACUUGAAGGUGAAUUGCUCAUGUGCGAUAGAAUAAAAUACAGUGAAACUGACGUCACAGAGUUACGAAAGCAGCUCAAGGCUAAGAACGAUGAUAUCAGUAUGCUUAAUAUCACAAUCAGCUCUUUGCAGGCUGAGAGAAAGAUUCUACAAGAAGAGAUAAUGAAGGGAGCAUUGAUGAAGAAGGAACUAGAGGGGGCUAGGGGCAAGAUUAAGGAGCUGCAGAGGCAAAUUCAGCUUGAUGCAAACCAAACAAAAGAACAUUUAUUAUUACUCAAACAACGAGUUUCCGCUUUGCAGGCAAAAGAGGAAGAGGCUCUCAAGAAAGAAGCAGAACUUUAUAAGAAACAGAAAGCAGCGAAGGAUUUUGAGGUAGAACUUGGGGAGCUUAAGCGGAAGAAUCGAGAGCUUCAACACGAAAAGCACGAACUAAUUUCUAAACUAGAAGUUAUGAAGGCCAGGAUCAAAACACUCACUAAGAUGACAGAGAGUGAAAUACUCACUAAGGAAAGAGAAGAGGCUCAAAAGUUAAAGAGUGAAAAUGAGGAUCUGAUAAAGCAUCUUGAAAGGCUUCAGAUGAAUAGGUUUAAUGAAGUUGAAGAGUUAGUGUACCUUCGUUGGAUCAAUGCUUGCUUGAGGUAUGAGCUUCGAGACAAUGAGAUAUCGACUGGCGAAUCCGCUCGUUAUCUCAAUAAGAGUUUGAGUCCAAAGUCAAAAGAGAAGGCAAAACAACUCAUGCUAGAGUAUGCAGGAUUGGAGUCUGGACAAGAAGAAACAGAUCAUGAAAGCAACUUUUCUCAUCCAUUCUCUUCAGGGAUUGAAGAUAUUGACAAUACUUCAAUUGAUAGUUCAAGGAGCAGAACAAGUAGUUUCAUUGAGAAGCCUAAUUCAAAUUUGAGUUUGAAGAAAUUGAUCAGAAACACAGGUGGUUCGAGUGCUGUUUCGUCUCCAUGCAUAAUCGGUUCGAGCCACAGAUGGAAGGAUCCUUUAGAAGCAGUGAUGGCUUUGAGUGCUGAAACUUUAACUCUCUCCGAAGUUAGAUUGCAAGUUUCUUCAGGAAAAUCUGUCAACUCAGUUGCAACAUCAUUUCAACUGAUGUCUAAAUCAGUUGAUGAAAGUUUAAAACAGAAGUAUUCAACUUAUAAAGAGCAUCAAAAGUUGGCCUUAGGUAGUGAGAAGCAAAUCAAGGAAAAGGCUGUGAAUGAAAGGGCAAAAAGUUCCGGUGACGCUUUGAGUUUGAAGUCAGAAUACGAUGACACAAACGUGAGAAAGAAGCCUGCAAUUUUACCCCUUGAACUUACUCAAAUGAAGAUGAAUGAAACUUCUUCUGAUCCAGAUAGCCAAUUUGAUAAUGAUAGCAAAAAUAUGAUCUCCAAUCCAACUUCUUCUGGAGGUGAAGUUCAUCGAGGACCCGAGUUAGUUCGAUUCAAUCGAAAAAUAAUGAAACCUGAGGUGAACGCUGAUAUAGAAACUCAAGGAGACUUGGUUGUGGCAUUGGCAAUGGAAGUUAGAGAAGCGUCUUUCUCCAACAUGGAAGAUGUCGUCUCCUUCAUUAUACGGCUCGAUGAAAAGUUUUCUUUGGUUGAAGGGAUGGAGAUUCUCAAGCAUUUUGAUUGGCCUAAGGGAAAAACAGAUGCAUUAAUAGAAGCAGCCUUUGGAUAUCAGAAGCUGAUGAAACUAAGAGAAGAAGUAUCUUCUUUUGUUGACAAUCCCAAACUCACAUGUGAAGUUGCUUUAAACAAAAUGAACUCCUUGGUAGAUAAGGUGGAGCAGAGUGUCUAUGGAUUGUUUCGUACAAGGGACACGACAAUUUCACAAUACGAGGAACUCGGAAUUCCCAUUGAUUGGUUGUUGGAUUGUGGAGUUGUUGGCAAGAUAAAGGUGUCAUGUGUAGAAUUGGCAAGGAAGUACAUGAAACGCAUAGUAAAUGAACAUAAUGCAUUGAGUGGACCUGAGAAAGAACCAGACAGAGAAUUUUUGCUUUUCCAAGGAGUUCGUUUUGCUUCUCGUAUUCAUAAGUUUGCAGGAGGCUUUGAUUUUGAGAGCAUGAAGGCUUUUGAAGAGCUGAGGAGUCGUGUCCAUACAGAGGCAGGACAAAAGAAUAUUAAUUGAAGAUCAUAUUUUCCUAAGUUUUUAUUUUAUUUGUAUUGUAUAAUUAAUCUCUAGCUUACUUUAUGUAGAUAAUCUCAAGAAAUUCUAUGAAUGUAAUACAAAAAUGAAAUGAAAAGUGAUUGAUAAGAAUUAUAAUCAAAGUUGACUUGGCAUAA